GGGUUGAUUUGAGGUGUCAACAAAUUUUUUUUUUUCUUUCUUUCUAAAAUCCAUCUCUUUCUCUUCAACUCACCCAACUGGCCCAAGUGUCCAAAUAAAACCAAGGAACUUGUUCCUUAUAGCUUGCAAUUUUUCCAUGUACACAAACCUUGUCUACCAUUUUAAAGAAGCUAGAUAGAGUAUAGCAAUAGCAGAAGUUAUAGCAAUGUCCAAUAAUCAAUCAGAUUGGCCUGAGCCAAUAAUCCGAGUUCAGUCCUUGUCCCAAACCUGCACAGAUUCAAUCCCUGAAAGGUAUAUCAAGCCCUCAACAGAUAGAGCAUCAUCCACAACCUCUUUUUCUUCUUUUGAUCAUGCCAACAUCCCAAUCAUCGACCUUGCAAAUUUAAAUGGUCCUGACCCAGAUGCUAGUUCUUCAAUCCUUAAGCAAAUCUCUGACGCUUGCCGCGACUGGGGUUUCUUCCAAGUAGUGAACCAUGGUGUGAGUCCUGAUUUAAUGGACAAGGCUAGGGAAACAUGGCGAAGGUUCUUUCACAUGCCCAUGGAGGCGAAGCAGCAAUAUGCGAAUUCUCCAAAAACUUAUGAAGGGUAUGGAAGCAGGCUUGGAGUUGAGAAAGGUGCUAUUCUUGAUUGGAGUGAUUACUAUUAUCUACACUACCUUCCCUGUUCACUCAAGGACCAUAACAAAUGGCCUUCUUUGCCUUUUGGUUGCAGGGAAGUGUUUGAUGAGUAUGGGAGAGAGUUGGUGAAGCUAUGUGGGAGGUUGAUGAAGAUUCUAUCCAUAAACUUAGGAUUGGAAGAGGAAAUUCUGCAAAGUGCUUUUGGGGGUGAAGAUAUUGGGGCAUGCCUAAGGGUGAAUUUUUACCCAAAGUGUCCUAAGCCAGAGCUGACUUUGGGUCUUUCAUCACACUCAGACCCAGGAGGCAUGACUAUGCUGCUUCCAGAUGACCAAGUCCGUGGCCUUCAAGUGCGCAAAGGGGAUGACUGGAUUACUGUAAACCCAGCUCGCCAUGCGUUCAUAGUCAAUAUUGGUGACCAGAUUCAGGUUCUAAGCAAUGCAAUCUACAAGAGUGUGGAGCACAGGGUGAUAGUAAAUUCAGAUAAAGAGAGAGUUUCAUUGGCCUUUUUCUACAACCCAAAAAGUGAUAUACCCAUAGAGCCAGUAAAAGAGCUGGUAACACCAGACAAACCUGCACUCUAUCCAGCAAUGACCUUCGAUGAGUACAGGCUGUUCAUUAGAAUGAGAGGACCUCGUGGUAAAUCACAAGUGGAAUCUAUGAAGUCUCCAAGAUAAUACUAUCAAUUAAUGUUCCUAGCUUGAUAUAUAUAUAUCUGCAUUUGUAUUGGGAUUUUGUUUUCGUAAAUUUGCACAUUGAGUUAGUAAAAGAUACACAAAUUGAAUAUACAAUAUAGGUACAUAUAUAUAAAAUUGAUUGGAAAAGUUGUUUUUCUUCUUUGGUUUGUAAUAAUGGCUAAAUUUGGAUGGACCACACAAAGAUUCUUCCUAAGUGAGUA